GAGAAAAAACCCAUGACAUAAACAUGCAUAAGUAUUUUUGUAAAUCAAACUUUUUAAAUAUAAUAUUGAAAAAAUAAAUUUUUUAAAAAUAUUUAAAUAACCGAAUAAAGACAAAAAUAUAUAAAAAAAAAAAAUAGCAAAAUAAGACACCGAGUGUAAAAAUCCAAAAAUAAAAUAACUAUAUAGUUUUGAUAGUAGAAAAUUUUCCUUCUUGAUUACGAAAAGACAGUAUAUAUAUAUAGAUGGAAAAUAUUUUCAGUUCGUUCAUAUUUUCUCAUUUUAUAUUUUUCGUUCUCUCUUCCAAGUACGAUUGAGUAGGAACAAUUAUAAUAUCUGGAUUAUAAAUUAUCAUUCAAGACAGAGCGAUGGCCAAUGUUUGGGAAUUAGGCGAUGUCAACAAUGAGAAUUUGAAGAACGCAUUAAAUGAAGCAAUGGUGAUUAUUGAUAAAGCAUUUACCACUAUAGAUCAGAAGCUUGAUCAUCAUCAUCGUAAUAUUAGUGAGAAAGAAAUAUUGGACCAACAAAAGAAUAUUAAUUUAGCAUCAAUAGCUGUCCAUGAACUGUACUGUAAAAAUUAUAGUGUCGGCGGUUUGGAUUGCUUGCAUUUGAUAACGAAAUCCCUUUAUGAGAAAUACGAGUGUGUUUUAAAAAAGAGGAUUACAGAAAGGGUGAUUCCUUUUCUGGAGAAGAAGAGAAAUGACAAGUUACUGUUGAAGGAAGUUGUGGAACAAUGGUCACUAUUUGGGAUUUAUAGAAGCAAUCUGGAGAAAAUAUUUAAACCUGUGGAGGAACUUGGAUAUAUAAGCGUAUACUAUAAAAAUCGAAAUUAUCGUCUUUGGACAUUGCUUCAACUUUCAAAAAACUGCUUCUGUCAAAUGGUAUGGGAAGAUUUCCACUAUGAAAUCGACGAAGGACUAACUGAAAUGAUUAAUUCAGGGGCAUUCAAUAAAGAAGUUGGGGGAAACUGCAUUGAUCCUGAAAUACUCAAAUUUAGUUUUUUCUAUUAUGAAAUGGAGUUCGUAGCAGUAUCGGUUCCAAACCUGAAAAGAACAUAUAAUCUCUUGAAAGAUUAUAACAUACGGCCAUAAUGGAUAAUAACAAGUAGCUAGUCUCAAUUUUUGUGGGAAAUAUUUUUUUGAUCGUUGUUAUUUUAUUGUAAGGUCUCUAGUUAUAGAUUACGAUCAGCUUUAGCUUCAAAAUUGUUGAUUAAUUUUCAGUCAUUUUUUAUAUGUUUUUGAAUAUCGCUCAUGAUGAGAUACACAAUAUGUUGAUGAUUAUUAUGUCUAUUGUUGACUGUUUCAGUACACGGUGCUUAUAACUACCUUGCUAUGCAA